CUCUGCAGGCACCCGCGACCUAAGACAUUCACCACCACCCCCUACUAACCACGCACACGUGCCUAGGAUCUCUAAUGUUUGUCCCUCUGACUCUGAGCCGCAUCGCCUUGCCCGCGUCCUCAUAAAUACGGCACAGUACCCCCAUCGCCGGCGCUCAAGCUACAAUCUACAGCACCAUGUCAGCCAUCAAAUUCGCAACCUGGGCGAGCGACGUCGAGGUCCAGUUCUAUGCUGCCUUGGCGCAUAUCAAGAUCAACCAUGACAAGCUCGACGACUCGGCGCGAAAGGUCCUGGGGCUCUACGAAGUACGCCCGGGCGACCACGAGUCCCGAUCCCACCGCAUGCAGAUUCAUGGAAACGCGUUGACGACUGACGAUGUCCCUGCAAACUACAUCCGUGCUGAGGGCAUCAUAAAGAACUGCAAUACUAUGGAGGACUACAAGAACCUGGAUCGCACCGCCGUCAUAGAGCGGGCUGCGCGAACAAUAUGGGAAGCCAUCCAUGAUGGAUCUAUCUACGAAUGUCCCUCCCUUCUCUCCUCGUUCGCCGUUAUCUUCUUCGCCAAUCUAAAGAAGUAUAAAUUCACAUAUCACUUCGCGUUUCCCGCCAUACACUCCGACCCAGUCUGGAAACAGGCAGCAGAGCCCACAAAACUCACGACAAGGGAAACCACCUACUUGGUGGAUGCUGUGCAGACUUGGCGCUAUAGCUCUGAUGCGCGACAAAGAGGCUUUUUCCUCGUAAAGAAAGACCGAGGCGAAGCGAGUACGGACGAGCAACCCAAGACGCCCGCCACGCCUCCUGAAGAAAUUGGAUACAAGUGGGUGGUCGGAAGGUUAGAGCUGUUUGAGAAGGGAUUCUUCAAUGGCGUAGACAAGUCGGACCGCUUCGUGGGCUUCGCGGACCCUUCGACGUACCCAGACAAUCCUGGGUGGAUGCUCAGGAAUCUUCUCAUUCUCAUACGACACCGAUGGCGCCUCGAUGAAGCCCAGAUCAUAUGCUAUCGCGACACUCACCUGCGGCGCGACCAAGCGAACUCUCUCAUUCUCCAUGUGAAAUCCGACCCUUCCACUGACUCAUCGCCAACUCCCUCAGAAGAAACUUCUUCCCGGCCACGAACUCCAAAAUUGCCGAAGGUGACGGGCUGGGAGCGAAACAAUGCUGGGAAAGUGAACUCCCGCCACGUGGAUCUUUCCGAGUACAUGGACGAGCGAAAGCUAGCCGACCAGGCUGUGGACCUAAACCUCAAACUCAUCAAGUGGCGGAUUUCCCCGGGCAUCGAUCUUGACGCUAUCAAGAACUGCAAAUGUCUUCUGCUCGGUGCCGGAACUCUAGGAUCUUACGUUUCGAGGACCUUGAUGGGAUGGGGCGUGAGGAAGAUUACCUUCGUCGAUAAUGCGAAUGUCAGCUUUUCGAAUCCCGUGCGGCAGCCUUUGUUUAAUUUCAAGGACUGCAUAAACGGCGGAGCAAAGAAGGCAGUGAGAGCGGCAGAGGCCUUAGCAGAAAUAUAUCCAGGAGUAGAUGCGUCGGGUUACGUGAUAUCGGUCCCAAUGGCUGGCCACCCGAUUACGGAUGGCGCCCAGACCAAAGCAGACUUCGAUUUAUUGAAGAAGCUAAUAGAUGAACACGAUGCCAUAUUCUUACUCAUGGAUACGAGAGAGAGCAGGUGGCUUCCAACAGUUAUGGGCAAGGCCGCUGGAAAGAUUGUUUUGAAUUCUGCACUCGGAUUUGAUACAUACGUUGUCAUGCGACAUGGCCUGAAGGCUACCGAGGAGGGCCAUCAUGAGUUAGGCUGCUACUUUUGCAACGACGUCGUAGCGCCUGCAGAUUCCCUCAAGGAUGCUACGCUAGAUCAGCAAUGCACCGUUACUCGUCCAGGGGUAGCACCUCUCGCAUCAAGUCUCUUAGUCGAGCUUCUUGUUAGUAUACUUCAGCAUCCUUACAAGGCCCUCGCCCCAACCGACCCUUCAAAGCACCCCGUUGCUACAUCCCCAUCUCACCCAUCUCUCCCUGCCCCUUUUGUACAUCCGCUAGGUACUAUCCCACAUACAAUACGUGGGUACCUGAACAACUUUAGCAAUAUCCAAGUCGAGGGUAAGCCGUAUGAUUGCUGCUCGGCGUGCAGCGACAAAGUCUUGAAGCCUUACCAGGAAGAUCCGUGGGACUUUGUCCAAAGAGCUUUGAACGAGAGGGGGUGGGUUGAAGAGAUUUCGGGCUUAGCAGAUGUGCAAAGAAAGGCUGAUGCCGCAGCAGACGAUCUAGAGUGGGAUGAAGAAGGAGAAAUAGAGGAUGAGGGAGAAGGUGAGCUGAUCUAAAGCCUUGAAAGUGCUGACUCAAGGACGUGGGGAGUAUGGCGCAUUAUGCUCCGUCAGCGUUUGGUUGCCAAGGAUCUACGGUGUUUUCCAUUUCUCUAGUUGCUUUCCUAUGAUCUUCGAUUUUUUUUUUUUUCGCGUGCACUGUUUAUGAGCUCUUCUACUGGUAUUUUCGGGGUAUGCAGCUGUCCCGUUCAUAGCUGCCACCUUCGGCUCCCCGAGGCGAAGGUU